UGUGCGGCUGCAGCGGCGGCAGAGCGCGGUGCGGAGCCUCUGGAGGGGGACCAGAUAAUCCAGGCGGACUGUCAGCGGAGUGGAUCUGCCUCUGUCAGCGCACUCAGAGCAGUUCCCUCCGGCAGCUUUGAUUGAGACACCACAGGUGACCUGUAACUGGUUGGAGAGAGGGAGGAGAGGAGAACAAAUGGAAAGGGAGCAGAGAGGAAGACGAUGAGAGAGAGAGCAGUACCCAGGAGAUCCCUCGUGCACAAUGGGAGGCCCUCCCUCUGCCGGCUUUUGAUUUAAAAAGAAUAAAGGGUACUCGGCCUAAAGAGGGCUAACAGGAAUUUAACAUCACUGCAGUGUUUUGCCCUGUAGUGGCACUUCACCCUUUUGUCUCAGAAGAAGUAGUCAUGACUUUACAUUAAACCUAUAAAUAACUCCUCUUUUAUCCCACUCGCUACAUCCUACUGCUACUUCAUACCAAGUGACAGACCAUUGCCAUGGAGAAGACGUAUUCACUUACUGCCCACUAUGAUGAAUUCCAGGAAGUAAAAUAUGGCGGACGCUACAGCAGUGAUAUCCUUAGCAAUGGUAUGACUCUUCACCUAGGGGGCAGUCUGGACCGUCACAUGGGGCGCACAAGGGGAGGGACCUGGUCCAAUGGUCGAAACCGAGAUCUAAGUAGCACCAGCAGCAGUGGAGGGCUUCCUCGAUGGAGCCGGAGGGAGAUCUGCCUCCUGUCAGCGCUGGUCUUCGCGGCAGGUAUGUGUGUCAUCUUGGGCAGCAUGCUGGCACUCAAGUACAUUUCCCUGGAUGCCCAGCAGGACCCGCAGUGCCGACAGGACUGCCAACGAAAGCGCUCCCUGUUGCGGGCGGCGCGCUUCGUCCAGGCCAACAUUGACCCAACCAUCCAGCCCUGCCAGGACUUUUACUCCUUUGCUUGUGGCGGAUGGCUAAGGCGCCACGGCAUCCCCGAGGACAAGCUCAGCUACGGCAUCAUCACGGCCAUAGGGGAGCACAAUGAGGAGAAACUGCAGCGCCUCCUGCUGGAGCCCAUAAGAAGGCGCGGGCCCAACUCAGCAGAGCGCAAGGUCAAGGAGUUCUAUCGAUCCUGCGUCAAUAUCCAGGAGAUCGACAAGCUGGGUUCUGACCCCAUGACGGAGGUGAUAGACAGCUGUGGCGGGUGGGACCUAGUGGGUGCUCCUCCCGCUGCUGCCGGGUGGGAGAGAGAGGAUGCACCGCAGAGGCCGGACUUCAAUGAGCUAUUGUAUAGGACCCAGGGGGUGUACAGCACUGCAGUCUUCUUCUCUCUCACUGUCAAUGUGGAUGACAAAAACUCCUCCAGGAACGCAAUCAGGGUUGAUCAGGAGGGGCUCACGCUGCCUGAGAGAAGCCUCUACCUGGGACAGGACGAGGACAGUGUGAAGAUCCUGGCGGCGUACAAGGCCCUGAUGGAGCGCUUGCUGAGCAUGCUGGGGGCUCACGACCCCACACAGAAGUCCAAGGAGAUUAUACAGCUGGAGACCCGUCUGGCCAAUAUCACAGUGUCAGAAUAUGAUGACCAAAGAAAGGACAUCAGCACCAUGUAUAACCGUAUCACCCUCAGGCAGCUACAGCGCAUUGCUCCAAGUCUCCACUGGAAACGCCUGCUGGACAGAAUCUUCCACGACAACUUCUCAGAGGAUGAAGAGAUCGUGGUGCUCGCCACUGAUUACAUACAGAAAGUCUCUGACAUCAUCAAGACCACUUCGAAGAGGGUUCUCCAUAACUACAUGCUGUGGCGCAUCGUGGCGGCGUUAAGUGAGCACCUGGCCACCGCCUUCCGCAGCACCAUCCACGAGUUCUCUCGUGAGAUUGAUGGAACGGAGCAGCAGCUAGAGCUUGGCAGGCUCUGCCUCACUCAGGCCAACAAACACUUUGGCAUGGCCCUGGGAGCCCUGUUCGUCCAGCAACACUUCUCCUCACAGAGCAAAGCCAAGGUACAGGAGCUGGUAGAGGACAUAAAGCACUCGCUGGACCUCCGGCUGCAAGACCUGGACUGGAUGGAUGAAGCUACCAAGGAGGCUGCCAGAGCAAAGCUAAAGCACAUGAUGGUGAUGACAGGAUACCCAGACUUCCUGCUCAAACCCGAGCUCAUAGAUGAGGAAUACGGGUUUGACGUGGACGAAAAGACCUAUUUCAAGAACAUCCUCAACAGCAUCAAGUUCAACAUCAAGCUGUCAGUCAAGAAGAUCCACGAAGAGGUGGACAAGACGACGUGGCUUCUCCCCCCUCAGGCCCUUAAUGCCUACUACCUCCCUAACAAGAACCAAAUGGUCUUUCCGGCCGGCAUCCUUCAGCCCACUCUCUACAACCCCGAGUUUCCACAGUCUCUGAACUAUGGAGGAAUAGGAGCUAUCAUUGGCCAUGAGCUGACACAUGGAUAUGAUGACUGGGUGAUGCAAUGGUUCAUGUCCCUAGGGGGCCAGUACGACCGUCAUGGCAACCUCAAACAGUGGUGGACAGAGGAGUCCUACAGGAAGUUCCAGAGAAAGGCUGAAUGUAUCGUCAAACUCUACGAUAACUUCACCGUGUAUAACCAGAGGGUGAACGGUCGUCUGACCCUGGGGGAGAACAUAGCGGACAUGGGAGGGCUCAAGUUGUCAUACUAUGCGUAUCAGAAGUGGGUGAGGGAACACGGUCCGGAGAGGCCCCUGCCUGGCCUCCGAUACACACACGAACAGCUGCUCUUCAUCGCCUUUGCGCAGAACUGGUGUAUGAAGAGAAGAUCUCAGUCCAUCUACCUGCAGCUGCUGACUGACAAACACGCACCAGAGCACUACAGAGUGAUCGGCAGCGUGUCCCAGUUUGAUGAGUUCGCCCGUGUUUUCCACUGUCCGAAGGGUUCCCCGAUGAACCCCGGAGAUAAAUGCUCCGUGUGGUGACCUCUCUGUCCGCCUCUUGACCUCGGGAUGAACUCCAUCUCCGCAGCCCGCACCCAAACACACAGCCUGUCCCACAUCACACACUCAUCAGAGCCAACAGGACGAUACAGAGCGCGCUGAAAGCCUUGUCCUUGCCUAUGAAGGGACACGGGGAGGAAAUAUAUCUUUUCAACAUCAUCACUACACAUUAGGAAAGUUUAUAGACAUUGCUCAUUGUGUGUCCUAACCAGUCUAAAGCAUGAUCGUGUACAUUUAUAUCAUUUGAAUAUAUAUAUUUUUCUAUGUUUGAAGUUAUUUUCAAAUCAUCUAUUUUUCUAUUUUAGCAGAUGAAUCUCAUGCAUCAUGCGUCGUACUCAUGUUAGAUUUUUAAUUAAGCACCAUGUUUCUUCAAGCGUUUCUCUUGUUUGUAGUAUCAGCUAGACAAACACUUCAGCGUAUCAGAGGCGCAACGAUCGGCAACAGCAGCAGUGACUUCACUCCCUGAUGUAAACCGGACAAGGACCUAUUAAAAAAUGAACAGAGAUCAGUAGCAACCUCGUGCCUGCCAAAAUGUUGUUUCUUUCCGUUUGGUGAUGGAGUCCGAUUUGUGUCGCAGCGCUGCGCUCUAGAGGCCGCAGAGAGUAAUGGUCACCCUUCAGCCACCAUGACUGUCGUAUUGUCUGCCUGCAUUGGUCCUCUUGUUACUGUGAGUGUUUGUACGGUUUCUAAGAUUUGUCAACUUUUUCUAAAAAAAAAAAAAAAAAAGAGAGAAAACAGAAGGUGGACUCAUGGUAGAUGUUUUUCUCAGGAUUUGUAGCACUGCGCAGCACCAAAUGGAGGACACAUUCAACCUCUUCAGCCUCCGGUACAAUCACAAAUGAGCCGGUGCGUUUAUCAGAAAGAGCUGAGAAGAAGAGAGGUUUUUUUUUUUUCCUUACUAGAAUUCGCAGCAUGGCUAACAACCUAAACAGAUUGGAUGAGCGUAUUUAUGAGCCAAUGGAGGAACCCCUGUGAUUGGAUUAUUCACAUUCGUGUUUCCUGAUGAACUCCGAAUGACUUCAUACAAACCUAGCAAGAGGGGGAGUGCCGGGUCACAUCAUACAGUGUAUUCACAGUUAAGUCACCCAGUGACAGAGGCCAAAACACUCUGUUCAGAAGAAAGUGCACCUAGAUGGAGGAUCAUACAUUUGUACACAGUGUUAUUUUAAAUAAUUACUUUUGUAUAAAUCUGUUGGUAACAGAAGAAUCUUUGUACAGUGGAGAACUAUAUCAGAUGUUAUGGUUGUACAGUCUGUCAUGAGAGUGCAUGUUUCCCUCCUGACCAUCAAUAACUUCUGAUCGCUAUAUACGGAGGACGACACACACACACACACACACGCACACACACAAACACAUACACACACACUCACACAUGUCUGUCUCUUCAGCUGCUAUUCCACUUGUGGCUGCUAUCUCACCCUCCCUGUCAGUCACCGUUCAGUGUUUGAAUAAAUACAAAGGAUCACUGUGUCAUGCUG